AACAACAAAGGAAAGACUAAAGAGAGUCAUAUCAUUGUCCCACAGGAAAAAGUAUCAGAAGAGAGAGUUUUGGGGAUCCAUGGAGGGAGCAAUGGCAACACAGAAACAGAUAUGGGAGCAGCAGCAAUCACAGUUGCAGAGAGUGAAGAACUCAGGUCUUAUCAGCAUGAAUGGAAGCCCAAUUCUGGAUGACAAGGAUGAGGAGAUAUCAAGAUCUGCAUUGGCUAUGUUCCGAGCGAAGGAAGAAGAGAUUGAGAGGAAAAAGAUGGAGAUGAGAGACAAGGUUCAGGCUCGAUUAGGCCGUGUUGAAGAAGAAACUAAACGCUUGGCUGAGAUUCGAGAAGAGCUUGAAGAUCUCGUAGAUCCAAUGAGGAAGGAUGUAGCAAUGUUGCGUAAAAGGAUCGAUACACUUAAUCGCGAGUUAAAGCCUCUUGGGAUAAGCUGCCAGAAGAAGGAAAGAGAAUACAGAGAAGUCCUUGAAGCUUACAAUGAGAAGAACAAGGAGAAAGCUCAACUUAUUACCAAAUUGGUGGAGCUGGUAAGUGAGAGUGAGAAGUUGAGGAUGAAGAAGCUGGAGGAGCUAAGCAAGAAUAUUGAAAUGCUACACUAAGAUGUGCUAAUUAACAGAAUAGUACUUGACUUGAUUUUAUGUGUUGUACUUGGUUUGUAUAUUAUGUGUUAUUUUUGUUUUACCGAUCUCUCUUGGAGAAUUUGUUUAUUGAGCAAAGAAAUCCCCGAAAGACGACAAUUGUCAAAAUGGAUUCCCCGUGUGAAAUUCCACGGAUUUGUCCAUUGUCAUUGGUAUUUAGACUCAGAAAAUGUGUUUCUUCAAUGUGAGAGGACCUUGAGGAAACUUGAUUUCCUUAUAAGCCACUAGGCUGAGUUAUUGAUGUAGGAUUUUCAGCCUUUAAGUCUUAACACCGUCUGCGUAUUCACUAUUCAGACGUAUGAUUUAUGCAUAGUGAC